CACUCUGUCUCCAGUGACUCACUCCAUAGUACAGGACCGAUCUAAAAACACUGCAACUGGUUUCAUUUGUAAACCCACGGUACAGAUGGCCGUGGCAUUGUACAGAUCAUACACCUUUUCAAGAGAGAUCGAUCGUUUAUGUUAAGCAAGCCAUCGGAUGACAAGCCUGAACAUUUCAGAAGUAAAGACUAAAAUAAGAUAUCUUAUAGAUUUAACAAGGCGGUGGAAAUGGCUGGUGAUUGAUUCAACGUCUGCAACCUCCUUCUCCAAUAGGGCUUCCUGGACAAGCCGGCUCCCCAACAACCGGAUUAUCUCUACUCUUCCUGUCUCCGUGUCCGAUCAGUCAGGAGACUCAAAAGAGAAUCUGCAUCAUAUUUUUUUGGCGGAAACUUUUUCCGGAACAGAUAGUGGUGGCUGUGGCUGGAAAGGCUGGUGCUUUGGCGAUAACAUUUCCUUCUCCCAUCUCUCUCUGUCAGUGCCUUUACGAGCUGAGACUGUUUGCACUCGACUCCAGGCUGAGACUGCCCAACACCGAGGGCUGGACCUGUGAUGCCGCAGCUCGUCUUCUGACGCCCUUCCGAUAAUGUAAUUUUAAACAGCGGUGUGAGGAGCUGAAGAUGGGGGGCAGUCAUUCUCACAAAACUCCGGUUUUUGAUGAGAACGAGGACGUAAAUUUUGACCAUUUCCAGAUCUUAAGAGCAAUUGGGAAAGGCAGCUUUGGCAAGGUCUGUAUUGUACAGAAGAAAGACUCAAAGAAGAUGUAUGCCAUGAAAUACAUGAACAAGCAACAGUGUGUGGAGCGUAAUGAAGUGCGAAAUGUAUUUAAAGAGUUGCAAGUUAUGCAGGGUCUGGAACAUCCAUUUCUUGUCAAUUUAUGGUAUUCAUUUCAGGAUGAGGAGGAUAUGUUCAUGGUAGUGGACCUCCUUCUGGGUGGAGACCUUCGUUAUCAUCUACAACAGAAUGUUCACUUUAAGGAGGAAACAGUGAAACAUUAUAUUUGUGAGCUGGCUCUGGCUUUGGAUUAUCUUCAGAGCAGACACAUCAUUCACAGGGACAUUAAACCUGACAACAUUCUUCUUGAUGAUCGUGGACACGUGCACGUCACUGACUUCAACAUUGCAGCAUUGGUAAAGGAGGAGAAGCAGGCUACUUCCAUCGCAGGCACAAAACCUUACAUGGCUCCAGAAAUAUUCCAUCCUUUUGUAAAUGGUUGUACUGGCUAUCUCUUUGCUGUAGACUGGUGGUCUCUCGGAAUCACAGCCUAUGAGCUUCUCAAAGGACAGAGACCAUAUGAAAUCCGUUCCAACACUUCAGUUAAUGAAGCCGUUCACAUAUUCAACUCUGUCAGCAUAAACUACCCCUCUAGCUGGUCCAGUGGAUUGGUGUCACUGCUUCGGAAGCUGCUUACAAUUAGUUCAGCUCAACGCCUCUCCAGCCUGGCAGACAUGCAAUCCUUUCCUUACCUCACCGAUAUCAACUGGGAUGCCGUUUUGGAGAAGAAGCUCACUGCUGGUUUUAUUCCCAAUAAAGGACAACAAUGUGGCAGAUGGGUCCUGGAGAGAUACUCGCCCCCUUCUCUCAAGUGUUGA